AUGCCAAGCUUGCCAGCCUCCGUCGACUUGGACGAGUGCAUCUCGCGUCUCUACAAAAAGGAGCUCCUUGCCGAAUCCGUCAUCGAGGCCAUAUGCGCCAAGACGAAGGAGCUCCUCAUGAGAGAAAGCAAUGUCGUCCACGUGCGCGCCCCCGUCACCGUGGUAGGCGACAUCCACGGCCAGUUCUUCGACCUCAUCGAAAUCUUCCGAAUAGGCGGCUAUUGUCCCGAUACGAACUACCUGUUCCUGGGCGAUUACGUCGACCGUGGCAUGUUCAGCGUCGAGACCAUCUCGCUUCUUGUUUGUUUAAAGCUACGAUACCCGAAUCGCGUUCAUCUCAUAAGGGGAAAUCACGAGUCUCGCGGCGUCACGCAGUCCUAUGGCUUUUAUACCGAGUGUUCGCGCAAAUACGGCAAUGCCAAUGUCUGGCAUUACUUCACAGACAUGUUUGAUUUCUUAACCCUGAGCGUCGUCAUUGAUAACCAGAUAUUCUGCGUUCACGGCGGUCUUUCGCCAUCGAUACACUCAAUCGACCAAAUCAAAAUCAUCGACCGUUUCCGAGAGAUACCCCAUGAGGGCCCCAUGGCAGAUCUCGUCUGGUCGGAUCCCGACCCGGAACGCGACGAGUUCUCGCUGUCUCCCCGGGGCGCAGGCUACACCUUUGGGGCCCAGGUCGUCAAGAAGUUCUUGGCCGUGAACAGCAUGUCGCACAUCUUGCGCGCCCACCAGCUCUGCCAAGAAGGGUUCCAAGUGCUCUACGACGACCGCUUGAGCACCGUGUGGAGCGCCCCAAACUACUGCUACCGGUGCGGUAACAUGGCCAGUGUCCUGGAGGUCAGCGAUAACGGCGAGAGGUUCUUCAACGUCUUUGCUGCGGCGCCCGAGAACGACGAGCACAAAGACAUGCAAUCCGGAGGCGACAAGGCCGCAGACAGCAACGCGCUCCCCGACUACUUUUUGUAG